GGGGCGAAUUCGUUACAAGUCAACAUCACGAGUAAGGAAUUUACGUAAGAGGCGUAUAUACGAAGAGGUAUCUUACGUGUUAUGAUAGUUGAACUUAAUACCACUUCGUUUCUCUGGGAGAGCAUUCCAUACCCACUCCCGUAUCUCGAGACUGCGAAAUACGAGGUAGAGGUGUGGCCUCAAAACCAAGUAAAAUCGAAGGUUUCAGCACCGGCUAUCGCAUCGUCGCCCUACUUCACUAUUGCCAAAUCGGAUGGGGAAGAAACCGUGGAUGGUCCGGUAUAUCCCUUCAACGGAACGACGAUACUCCCAUCAAGGCCCACCAACCAACCAACCUCCAAUAAUGGAGUCAAUAACAACACCGCAAUUGCUGCUGGGCUUCUCGUACCAGUUUUCGUCAUACUUGCUGUCUUAGGAUUCGUAUGGAUGCAACGACGACAGAAGAAAAUCAUCGAACAGAAGAGGAAACAGAGGGAAGAACUCUACAUCGAUUAGAUGUAAGGUUUAGGUAUAUUAAUACGGCGAGGGGCAGCUUCUUGGCAAGGCUUAUCCUUUAACGCAACUAAGAGACGCGGGUCGGUCAACCUACGGAUAGUCCGGCAACUGUUGAUAACUUAAUAAAUCCCGCCGUUGCUCCCGAGAAUCAAUACGGGGAGUUACGCGGUCGAGUGUCUAACCUAGUCUCCGAGGAUAGUUGGAGGAGGUUGAACCAAUUGGAACUGAGACAACCAACAGCAUUUACCAAUUCCAUAACGACAGAGGAAAAGGGGUAUUCAAUGGAAUAAGAAUAAGAUAAAAUGUACUUGCUACGGUAGAGUUCGAUUUUAGACUCGGUUGAAGAGAUAUGAUGUAUGGAAAUAUAUCUAGGGUCCUCCGCAUCGGGUGCAUUCACCACCAUUGGUUGUAUAUAAUGAAGGGUUGAAGAGACGUUAUGAUGGUGGGUACUGGGUACUGGCUACCUCUUGAAGUAUAUAUAUAGCAUUAAUUAAUGAUAAUUCAUCAACUUUAAUUACGUUGUUUAAUUUGUAACUGCUGGUAGGUAUUUACCUGAAGGACGGUAUUGGAAGUGGAAGAGUUAACAGAUCAUUACCACAACGAGUCAAAACAGGAUGCAAGGAAUAUGAUCGACAGCGGAACUGACAUCGACCCGCUAGAGAGAGAGA